CCAGCAGGAGCAACGCUUCCUGGUUAUGUGCAAAUGGAGAAAUAAAGUUGUUUUUAAACCUGCUCCACGGUGGGAAACUCUGGCUUUACUUGAACGUGGGCAUCAAAAUGUCACCUAGAAGCGGCCGUGUCCCUGUUCUGGUCGUCUUGUUCUGUCUUUUUGCAACUGCCUUUUGUAAGUUUCCCUCUUUAGACCACAUCAAACCGAAAGCCAGCGACAAGGCGCAGGGCAGAGCGGUGGUGGAGCUGCUGAAGCGCCUGCUCGGGACCAGGUCCACGGAGUUCAUAGUGUCAGUCAACAGGAGCCUCUCCAACGACAGCCUGGAUGUGUGUGAGCUCAGGUCCACUAAAAACUAUAAGAUAGUCGCCACGGGCAGCACCGGAGUGGCCGUAGCGACUGGCAUUUACAACUAUCUGAAAUAUUUCUGCAACUGCCAUGUUUCCUGGUCCGGCGACCAGCUGGAUGUGCCUCGUCCUCUGCCGAAGCUCACUGGCGUCCUGCGCAUCAACACGCAGCACAGAUUCCGGUAUUACCAGAACGUCUGUACGUUUAGCUAUUCCUCUGUGUGGUGGGACUGGCCGAGAUGGGAGAGAGAGAUCGACUGGAUGGCACUCAACGGAAUCAAUCUGCCGCUGGCUUUCACUGGCCAGGAAGCCCUGUGGCAAGAGGUUUACCGAGCUCUUGGGUUGAACCAGUCGGAGAUCGAGGAGUUCUUCUCGGGCGCCGCGUUCCUUGCCUGGAACCGCAUGGGCAACCUUUUCAAGUUUGGCGGGCCUCUGCCACAGUCCUGGCACGUGAACCAGCUCUUCCUCCAGUUUAAAAUCUUAGAGCGAAUGAGAUCCUUUGGCAUGACUCCUGUGCUGCCAGCCUUCUCUGGGAACAUCCCAGAGGGAAUCCUCAGGUUGUAUCCAGAAGCCAAUGUAACCAGAUUGGGGCCUUGGUCUCACUUCAACUGCAGCUACUCGUGCUCCAACAUUUUAGACCCUCGCGACCCGCUUUUCCUCCGGAUCGGUUCCCUCUAUCUGUCCCAGGUGGUCAAGCAGUUUGGUACAGAUCACAUCUACAACACUGACACCUUCAAUGAGAUGAGUCCACCGUCCUCUGACCCCGCCUACCUGUCUGCAGUCAGUCGCUCUGUCUUUGCCUCGAUGACUGCAGUUGAUCCUCAGGCAAUUUGGCUGAUGCAAGGCUGGCUGUUCUUCAGUGAUGCGGCGUUCUGGAAGCCAGCUCAGAUUCAGGCCCUGCUGCACGGAGUGCCCCUCGGAAGAAUGAUCGUGCUGGACCUGUUUGCGGAGACCGAGCCGAUUUUCUCUUACACUGAGUCUUUCUACGGACAGCCCUUCAUCUGGUGCAUGCUGCAAAACUUUGGGGGCAACAGUGGAUUCUUUGGCACAGUGGAGAGCAUCAAUUCAGGGCCCUUCAAAGCCUUACAUUUCCCAAACUCCACGCUGGUGGGCAUUGGCAUGACGCCGGAGGGCAUCGAGCAGAAUCCCGUGAUGUACGAGUUGAUGAGCGAGCUGGCGUGGCGCAAAGAGCCCGUCAACUUGUCAAAGUGGGCGUCUCUGUAUGCGAUACGCCGCUACGGCAGCACGCAGGAGAACCUGACGGCCGCAUGGAGGCUCCUGUUCACCAGCGUCUACAACUGCACGGUGCCACAUUACCGAAACCACAACCAUAGCCCACUGGUGCGCCGGCCCUCUUUUCACAUGAACUCUGAUGUCUGGUAUGACCCAUUGGAUUUGUACAAAGCCUGGAAACUGAUUAUCGAGGCAGCUCCGUCUCUCAUGUCCAAGGAGACUUUCCGGUACGACCUCGUGGAUGUGACGCGGCAGGUCCUACAAGUCCUGACGACUUCCUUCUACCGGGAUAUUGCAGAAGCCUUCCAGAAGCAGAAGCUGCCACAGCUUCUCACUGCAGGCGGGGUGCUGGUCCAUGAUCUGUUGCCCGAACUCAACCGUUUGCUAAGCAGCGACCGCAACUUCCUGUUGGGCACAUGGCUGGAGCGGGCCCGGUCCUUAGCCCUAGACGAGAAGGAGGCACAGCUCUACGACAUGAACGCCAGGAACCAGCUGACCCUGUGGGGUCCCAGUGGUGAGAUCCUAGACUACGCCAGCAAAGAGUGGGGAGGUCUCAUGGAGGACUACUACGCCCAGCGAUGGGGCCUUUUCGUUCACACUCUUGUAGAGUGUCUGGACAGCGGACGACCAUUCAAGCAGGAUGCCUUCAACCAGGCGGUUUUCCAGGUAGAGAAGGGAUUCAUUUACAACGGCCGAAGGUACCCAACCAAACCUCAGGGAGACACGUACGAGAUCGCCCGCAGGAUCUUUCUCAAGUACUACCCACAGGCCUUGAAGAGACUAUAGUGAGCAGAGACUACAAAACAACACUUGUCUCAAGUCGCAGCAAGAAGAAUGUCCUCCACCUCCAGUUCUCCAUGGCUAUCCCAAAACAGUUUGAUGUAGAAAAUCUAACAGCCUGAAUUUUGCAGGAACCAUCUGUUUUACACAUUUCUGGAUUCUUCAUUCACUGUGGAGGCAUGAGAGAAAAACUCAGUUUUUAAGUUGACUGGGGGUGAUUAUUGAUGUAGAAAUGGACAUAAUUCCAGGGUGACUCAUUACUUUAACACACAGGCAUGAGAUUAAUAUCUAUCUGAACAAAUCAGUGGCUUGAAGAAAGCAAAAUGCAAAACUUAACAUGUACUAGUCCUUUAAAUCAGAGGUACUGCACUAUGACUGCAGAUGGCAGAUGGUCCAUCUGUUUGUCGUCCAGUUGACCUUUAACCAUUAAUAAGAUGACUCUAUCAUGUCUAUCAGUUUGAAGUUUGUUUGAAUAUCGGGCCUGAUUCUGAGAAAACAGACCGAUAGGACUUUGUGCUUCAAAGCCGCACCGGAACAAGUGGGCUAGUAGAAUAGUUACCAAACAAUGUGGGGGUCUUUGAUCUUGCAUAUCAAUUUUCUACCUAAUUUACAAUUUAAUGCUUCUGCGGUCAGUGAGACCGGCCCAUUACACAAUGAGUUUCUGUAGAGGUCCUCUGAACACAGGGGUUUGUUUAAUGCUGAGCAAUUCCUACGACAAGGUGGCUCAUGGUUUCUCUUUUUAAAGAUAUAUUUUUAUAUGGAAAUGCAUUGACGUUAAACUGGCACAUAUCACGUGCACAACAAUCACUUUCUUAAAGUUAUUGGCUAUUUUAAGGAGACAUAUUAGUUUAGAUUUGGAUGAGAUUUCUUCUUUUUGAUAACUGUAGUUUAAGUUAAGGACAAUCUAAAUCUUUUGGGGAAAUCAUGAUUAUUUUAGUUCUCUGAGUUCUUUUAACAUUCACUACGUGAGCACAGCUUACAUUCAUAAUGUAACUCCACGUUGUACAAAAUUAGUAUUUUUUUUUAUUGUAUAAAUGCUAUUUUUGUAUUUUGAUGAUUUAAACUGUUGUGAUUCUUAAACUCAGGCAUGUCAUAAAAGUCUCAAGGCUCUGUUGCUUCAUACAGUGAUAUCAUUCUCCACCUCUGUGUUGUGUGUGAGCUCAGUGAUAAUAGUUACUCCACACACAUUAACCUGUGCGUCCCUGUGUUCAGGAUAAGGCUGGAGACUGUCCCAGCAUGCUUUGGGUGAGAGGCAGGGUACACCUUGUCAGCUCACCAGUCUGUCACAGAGCUCACAAGCAUUCACACUCCUAAUUUAGAGUUUUCAACUAGGGGUCAGAUAAAGGUCCCCAGAUAAAUCUGAAGGGCCGUGAGAUGAAUAAUGGAGAAAUACAUUUUUUUAAUUCUGCUACCCAAUUUGGUUUUUCUGACUUUACAUAUAAUUUAAAUGUGAAAUGUCUUCGUUAACCGGGUAGACCAGGUACAGCUCCUCUAUGAGCUCCAUGUGUUGGACGUCUUUUGGUUUUAUCCCAUCAGCUUUUGGACUGAUGUCCAGUGUUCAAGACGUUCAGCUGGCUUCACGUUAUUUCAGUGUGAAAAUUCACAAGCAGUCACUUUCAAUUUGCUCCCGCAUUUACAGCAGUUACUCU